GUGGUGGCUUUACAGUUACACUUGCACACACACCACUCCACUCGCGAAUAAUCUCCGCCACCGCCGGCACCGGGUCUCUGCCGCUUGCCGAGCUUUCUUUCUUUCUUUCUUUGCAUGUCAACGCAGACAAAAAGAGCAGCGCCGCCUCCUCCUCCUCGCCGGUCGCCGAGUCUCCGCCUCCUCCCCAUCGCCUUCGCGGCCGGCGCUCCGAUAUAAACACACGAGGUUCCUCCGGGUCACUGCUCACAGGAGCGAGCGCAGCAACGAACAGCACGCCGCCGACUCCCCAAGAGAUCUCGCUCGCAGCCAGCCAUCGCCACAUGGAACCGCCGCGGGCCAACAACAACGGCGGCAGGAAGCGCAAGCCCACGCCGCCUCCCGCCGCCGCCGGCGGCCUGGGGGACCUCCACGACGACAUGCUCGAGGGCGUCCUCGCGCGCCUCCCGCCGGCCGCCUACUUCCGCCUCCGCGCCGUCUGCCGCCGCUGGCGCGCCGCCGCGGAGUCCCCGACCUUCCUCGACGCCUGCGCCCGCGUCCCGUCCCGUGACCCCUGGUUCCUCAUGCUCUCCGACUCCGACUCCGCCUCCGGCUCCGUCGCCUUCGACGCCGCCGGCCGCAGCUGGAACCGGCUUUGCCGCGCCGCGCCGGGGGCCGCGGCCGCCGUGCCCGUGGCCGCGUGGGGCGGCUUCGUCCUCUACCGCGCGCCGGACACGGGCGCGCUCACCGUCGCCAACCCGCUCACGGGCGCGUCCCGCGCGCUCCCCUCGCCGCCGCCGCCGCUGCAGAGCGCGCAGCAGCAGCUGCAGGCCAUCGCCAUGUACGGCGCCGGCGCCGGCCACUACUACCGCGUGGCCCUCUUCGCGGGCGACCUCCCGGACCUCUCCAUGGCGGUCUUCGACUCGUCCAGCAACUCGUGGGAGGGCCCCCUGCCGCUCGCCCGCAAGGCCGGGGACGACUCCUCCUGCUACCCCGACGCGCCGGCGCAGGGCGGCGGCGGCGGCGACGACGACACGGUCUACUUCCUCAGCAAGUCCGGGGACGUGGUGUCCACCAACAUGCAGCGCAGCGCGUCCAAGCAGUACUCGUCGGUGGUCGUGCCCUCGUCCGCUCCCGGCGACGGUGACGCGGUCGCCUACUUCCUCAGCUACUCGGGCACCGUCGUGGCCUGCGACACGGCGCGCCGCACGUUCGCGGAGCUGCCCCGCAUCCUCCCCGUCUACUUCGAGUACUCCAUCGACGUCGUGGCGUGCGGCGCCGCGGCCUACGCCGUGGUGCUCUCCGAGUACCUGGACACGGCCAGCCUGCGGGUCUGGGAGUUCGCCGGGGGCGCGUGGCGGCAGGUGGCCGCCAUGCCGCCCGCCAUGUCGCACGGCUUCCACGGCACGCGGGCCGACAUCAACUGCGUCGGCCACGGCGACCGCCUCAUGGUCUGCGUCACCUCCGCCGAGGCCAGCGGCUGCUUCAUGUGCGACGUGGCCAGCAACCAGUGGGAGGAGCUGCCCAAGCACGUCAAUGGCGACGGCGAGGCCAACGAGUUCUUGGCCGCCUUCUCCUUCGAGCCCAGAGUGGAGAUCACCGUCUAAGCGUUUUUAUUGAUCACAGUGUGUCACAAUUGCUUUGUUGAUUAAGGAGCCUUUGUUUUGGUUUUGCUCCUACCCCGUGUGAUUGAUUUUCUUUGUGUGUGUGCAUGUACUUACGUUACUAAAUUGCAAUGUCACUUUUCAUUGACAUUGUUUUUCUCAGAUCGAAUUACAGAUUUCGUCUGCUGUUUGGAGUACA